AUGCUCAGAAAUCGCCUGCGCGUCCCGCCAUUCCCUCUUGCGUUGUGCCCACAGACCCUCUCCCAGCUCUGUGUGUUUGACUUCGUGGCUCGCGUGGUCACCAUCCGGGGCUCACCCCUCCUCAUCCGCGAUGCCCCCCGCUUCCAGCACCGCGGGCUGCUCAUAGACACGGCGAGGCACUUCCUGCCAGUGCCAGUGAUGGAGAGGGUAAUUGACUCCAUGGCGUAUGCCAAGCUCAACGUGCUCCACUGGCACAUGGUGGACUCACAGUCCUUCCCCAUCGAGACGCCCUCCUUCCCUCGCCUCUGGCUCGGAGCUUUCUCUCCGUCUGAGCGCUACACCACAGAUGACAUGCGCCACAUCGUGCAAUACGCGGAGGAGAGGGGGGUUAUAGUGGUACCUGAACUCGAUUCACCUGCACACGCUGCCUCAUGGGGAGUGGGCUACCCAACGCUCCUGCCAGCUGCUGCCUGCCCCGAGCCUCUUGAUGUGUCCAACCCCUUCACCUUCCAACUCAUAAAAGGGGUGCUGCAAGACCUCCGUGCAGUGUUCAAGAGCUCCCACAUUCACCUGGGGGGAGACGAAGUCAGCUUUGAGUGUUGGAAUUCAUCUCCCGCCAUAAGUGCAUGGCUGCAGCAGCGCAAGCUGACAGCAGAGGGAGGCUAUGGUUACUUUGUGAGGCGCGUGCAGGCACUGGCCGUGGAGGCUGGAUGGCAGACCACUGUCGUGUGGGAGGAGCCAUUCAAGGUGUUUGGAGCAGACCUGGAUCCAGCCACCACCAUCGUGCAGAACUGGUUUGACACGGCUCUGCCGCCCGCAAUUGUGCAGUCUGGAUUCCGCAUGAUCUUCAGCAAUCUCAAUCUCGGCUGGUACCUUGACUUUGUUGACCGCACGUGGAGCGAGGUGUAUUCUCAGGAGCCAACAGCAGGGGUGCCAGAGGCGCUGCAGCACCUGGUGGUGGGCGGCGAGACGUGCAUGUGGGGGGAGCGGGUCGACCCGUCUGAUCUGCUCAACACUGUGUGGCCGCGCGCUGCUGCUGCUGCAGAGCGGCUCUGGUCCCCAAGGGCAUACGUGGACUCGCAUCUCUCUCAAGCGCACACGCGUCUGCACAUGUUCCGCUGCCAGCUCUCAUCCCUCCGUUCCUCCCUCUCUGCCUCUCUCUUCCUUCCCCUCCACACACAGAGCGGCUCUGGUCCCCAAAGGCAUACAUGGACUCACAUCUCUCACAAGCGCACACACGCCUGCAUAUGUUCCGCUGCCUGCUCACAUCCCGUGGCAUAG